AUGUCUACCUUACAAUUCUUGAUCACCUUCCUCUUGCUCUUCUUCUUCGUUCAUCAUAUCGGCGCAAGCGCCCCCAUUUGUAGCGAAUCUACGUGCUCUUUCGAUAGCCCACCAUGGAUUCGAUUCCCUUUCCGGCUACAAAACCUUCAACCCUCCCUUUGUGGGUACUCAGAAAGCUUUGAUCUCAAAUGCAACAACCAAAAUGAAGCCAUUCUCACUCUCCCAUCUUCCGGAGACUUCAUAGUCAAAACCGUAGAUUAUAUUAACCAAAACGUAUGGAUCACUGACCUCAAUAGCUGCUUCCCUAGGUUGUUCCUCGACCAUGGCUUGAGCCUAAAAGGUUCACCUUUCUCAUAUGCGAAAGAUCUUGUAAACUUCACGCUCCUCAAUUGCUCCUCCUACGCAGAAAUACCAUAUCCACCCAUCUCUUGCCUUAGCAAUAUUGAGCAGUACGUGAUCACUGCUGUGCCGUCGUCGUAUUCGACGGUGCCACCUUCGUGUUCUGUGCUUUCAACAGUUUCGGUUCCACUGGGAGAUCCAUUCGAUUGGAACAUUAUUGAUCUUUAUGGUGUAGAGUUGGCAUGGGAUAAGCCCGAUUGUCGUUUUUGUGAAGGAUUGGGAAAAGUUUGUGGGUUUGAGAAUGCUAAAAGCUUCAACCUUAUGUGCUUUGAUACUUAUACGUAUUAUUCUUCAAAUAACGGUACAUCAAGAACUUCAGAGAUUGCUGUAAUAACAUCCUUGGGAGUUCUAGGGCUACUUUUUACCACUGUGAUUUUCCUAAGGCUCAUGAGGACUUGUGAUCGGGUGCAUCAACCCAUCGUGGAAUUAUCCACCAUAACCAACCAACAACCUCCCGCAGUUAGAAAGGGCCUGGAUGAUUCUACUAUCGAGUCAUAUCCCAAGAUUCAACUUGGUCAGAGUUGGGAUUUGCCCAAGCCAAAUGACAAUACUUGUCCAAUAUGUUUAGGUAGAUACAAGUCCAAGGAAACAUUGAGAACGAUUCCAGAAUGCAACCAUUAUUUCCAUGCUAAUUGUAUAGACGAGUGGCUUAGAAGAAGUGCGACGUGCCCGCUUUGUCGAAACCCUUUCGGGGGUAACAAAGUGAUUAUUGAGGCAUAA